AAGUUAAACCCUAUUAUUAAUUAUAAAAAACUUAAUAAAAUUAUAAAAAGAAAUUAUUACCCCUUACCGCUUAUUACUAAGCUUAGAAAUCUACUUUAUAAAACUAACUAG